GGUAGAACAAGCUAUAACAUGGAUUCCGUUUAACUACAACGUAGCUCGUUCGGCCAAGCAGUCGCGUUCGUCCGAUUUCCCGGGCCUAACCAACCUAGUUAAACACGUGCAACCCGCCGGAAUCCUUUUGGCACUGCCACGGGUUCCCCCCGGCUGCCCAUCCCCAGCGGAACCGCGACUUUUGGCCGCGCCAUGGCUGGCAACAGCACCGACUCCGGGUCGGAGCCGGGACCGACGGGCAUAGCAUCAUGGUUCCCGCAUGGCAAGGGCGGCUGGCAAUUCGACGUGGUCACGCUGCUCGCGGUCAUCGGCGAGAGCAGCGUGGCCGAGCACUCGCAGGCCAUCACGGCGUCCUUCCUCUGCCUCCUGCCGCGCAUCAUCCCCGCGCCGCAGGCCAUGCUGAAGCCGUCGCGGCCGGGCCGCAUGCCCGACGUGACGGCUAAGCUGGCCGGCGUCUACAGCGGCGUCGUGCUCGACACGGUCGGCUUCUUCGCAAACAUCAUCCAGCCCAUCGACCAGCUGCCGCCGUACAGCUUCAGGAUGCUGGAGAUCAGGCACAAGGACCCCAACGAGGCCGCCGGAAUCCUCGCGGACCCGACCCCGGCGUCCGCGAGGGGCCCCGUGUCGUCGUUCCGGAACCUGUUUCGCCGGACGGCCAACGAGAUCCACCACAGCCCUGCCCAGCGGCACGGCGGCGGCCGGAUACCCGGGCCGCCGCCCCUGAUGGGCCAGGAGAGCACGGCGAUGAACGAGAAGGGGGCGUUGCGGUCAGGCACGCUCGCGACGGGGGCGAGCGUGGGGAUCCAGCUGGACCCGGAGCGCGGGGGCGAGCCGGCACCGCCGCAGCCGGGAAUCGUCCGGCGCAGGACGGUGCACGAGAAGAUGACCGACUACCUGGCGAACCCGACGCUGGCCAACAACGCGGCGCGGCCGGCGGUGCCGGCGACGCUGUACUCGCCGGUGCACGUACUGUCGCUGCUGUCGUUCCUGCUGACGGUCGGGCUCAUCGUGUGCGCGGCGGUCGUGCACGACGGGACGGCCAUCGUGGCCAUCGCGCUCGUCAGCCUGGCGGGGUCGGUGGUCGGCUACGCCAGCUGGUGGAGGCCGAUCCUGAUGAGGCGGUCGCACACCAACAAAGUGCCCAAGGGCGACGUGGUCAUCCGCACGCGGGAGGGCGCCUUCGUGCUGGUGCGCUGCACCGAGGAGGUCGCGAGGGAGCUCUACCUGGGCACCGAGGAGUGCGAGUACUACGUCAAGGAGCCGCGCUACAAGGCGCUGAUGGGCCUGGGCACGGUGCUCCUGAUGGUGGCGGUCGUGCUGCUGGGCAACUGCGACUUCUUCAUGCAAGUCGCCGUCAGCGCCAGCUACGUCGCCCUCAACGGCUUCUACUGGGCCAUGGGCCUGCUGCCCAAGGAGUACUUCUGGGACCUCAGCCGCUACUGCUGGCAGGACACGACGCCCGACGACGCGAGCAACGCCCACGGAACCACCGACGAGGACGACCCGCGCGAGGGUGCAAAGAGCUUCACCCGCACGCUGUGGUACGUCAUUCGCGAGACCAAGCGGACCGGCUGGGUCGAGCGCAGCGGCGCCGCCCCCGGGACCCCGCAGUGGAGGGAGUGGCUGCGCGAGGCCGAGGCCGCCGCCCGACGCGGGGACCGCCGCUGGGCCGCCGUCGCGCAGAAAGACGAGAUCAUGAAGGCCGACGAGCCCCCCGACACGUCCGACGAGUUGCAGGGUAGCAGUCGCGGCCGGCGGCGGGGCGACGAUCGGGACUCGGACGGGGGGGGGCCUGCGACGGACGAGGCGGCACAGCAUGCCCCCGUACAGGAGGUGCAGGGUAAGGCCGGUCGGGCCAACCAGGGGAGCUUUUGAGGGCAUGCUUGCUGCCUUUGAUUUAAUACGAUACCCAGGUCCUCACAUCACAUUUGGAGAAUCGGCUCUAGAGGGUGUAUAUAUACUUGUGUAUAUGCUGGUAAUUUGAAGCGUACAUGUUUAGCAUACUUGGAUCACUCAUUUUCUUUACUAUGUCAAGGGGUCGUUACAACAACAAGACUUCAGCUAUAGGAUACAUCAGGCGUUUUCA